AUCCAACGAUAUCAUCGUCAACAAUCCAAAACAUCUGACUUCCGAUUUCUAGGCUACUGUCUUCACUUGAUUAAAAUCAUCUUUUUCUUCUCUCUUCUCUCUUCUCUCCUCUCUCUCUGUCUCUCUCUCUCAUAGCUCCAUGAGUGAAGAACCGCUCAGAUUACUCAAGCAUUACAAAGGGCAUAUACUCGUUUGAGGUUUCCUGAAGACCGAGGGUGCCCAACUGGUUUGCUUCAUCUGCUUGCUGAAAGUCUUCUUUCGGUUUCUUUCACAUAUUCCCAUAUUUCGAUUGCCACACGUUUUGCUUCCAUAACCGUGCGUGAUCAUGACACUGGGGGACUGCCAAUGAUUAUAGAAAAGGUUUUCGAGCUAUUGAAGUAGAUUGAAGACGCUAUCAUGGGUGCAUUUUGUUGCUGUUUGCGAGAUGAAUGUGAAGAUUUGGCCAAUCCCAACAGCUCAAUGUAUAGGAACUGCUUAUGCCCUCGAUCUUUUGUUCAGAACUUCUUGCAUGUGUAUACAUCAUUGUUUCAUAGAGGAGAACAAAGUGUCAUUCCUUCACUGACUCAAGGUACAGCAUCUCUUGAUAACUCACUAUCUGAUAUGUACCGCUCUCCUCCAAGACCAUUGCCUUAUGAUGCCGAUCCAAGAUACUUCCGCUUGCAACGAGAUGGACUAGUCUCAAGGCGGGAGAAAGGGUCAGGUCACUCGCAUGAGGAAACUGAACCACUACGAAGAAGUGAUAGUGAUGAUGGUUCUGAAUACUUGAGUGGGGGAAGUAAAUGGAAUGAGUCUAAAUGUGAAGAAGGAUCGAAAGAAGACAAUUGCAAGUCUUCGGUGAAGAUGUCAACAACUAAAACGACCACUGGAUUUGCUAAUAUCUAUUCUUCAGAAGAUGAAGAUAUCUGCCCGACAUGUCUUGAAGAAUAUACGGAAGAAGACCCAAAAAUAAUGACAAAAUGCUCUCACCAUUUUCACCUGGCGUGCAUCUACGAGUGGAUGGAGAGAAGUGACAGCUGUCCAAUUUGUGGAAAGGUAAAUGUGAUAUUCUUUACAAAAUAUUGGCCACUGUGUACUGUUUUUGAUUACUGCUUAUCUUUCACUUGCUUGAACUUAUGUUGCAGUCAAGCUUGUCCUUUACCUGCUACCCCGCAAGAAGCAAUCCCCAACUCUGUUGAGGGAAAAACUUCAUGUUUUGUUUUUCUUUUCUCACAUCCCUGUUUUAAUACGAUCAUGUGCUUCCUAUAUUUGGUAAAAUGACUAGUUUAAACAUUUUAAAAGAACGAGAUAUUAUUAUUAUUUGGUUUUAUCUUUCUUUUCUCGGAAACAACCUCUGUGCCCUUCCUUCCAGGGUAAGGGUAAGACUGCGUACAUCUUACACUUCCCAGAUCCCACUUGUGGGAAAUCACCGGUUUUGUUGUUGUUGUUGGUUUUAUCUUUCUUUUUGGUAAAAAAAGUGAGAACUAGAAAAGGGGACACGAGGAGGGUCUGUGAGGAACUGUCUGCUCCACUUGGGUUUACCAUUCUAUUGCCGUAGACCACCUAAGAUCUUUUUACCUGCUAUUAUGCUGUAUGGUCAAAGAUUCUUAUUUGGUGCAUAAAUAGGCAAAGAGCCUGAGCUAUCAUUCUUCAGAUUUUAUUCUUAACUCUUCUCGAGUAACUGAUGAUCCAUGGGACAGCUGCUUAUCAGAGACAUGUAUGGAUAUUAGUGCUAGUCCAAUCAUUUUAGCUUGUUUUCAUGUAAUAUCUAGACACUUAUUCAUAUGGGAUACUAAUUAUAAUGGAAUUACCUUAAUACCUUUUUAUUUCUAUGUGCUGACUGCUGGUGAAAUCACUUUUCCAUGAUCAUCCAAUUCUAUAGUGCUUUUUA